AUGGAAAAAGAAAAAAAAACAGUGAAUAUUCUACUGCUAGUUACGGGCAGCAUUGCAGCCGUAAAGGUGGGUUUACUUUUGGACCAACUUGUUGAUGAGGCGUGCAGUGUUCGCAUUGCUGCAACCAAAUCUGCUUUUCACUUCAUCACACGGGCUCAGCACUCCAGAAAGGGUAUACAACUUAAUCGGAUUCUGACGGAUGAGGAUGAAUGGAAGGAGUGGCAGGGGAUGAAUGAUGCAGUGAUGCAUAUUGAGCUUCGUAGAUGGGCAGACAUUGUCGUCAUAGCCCCUCUUGACGCUAAUACAUUAGCGAAAUUGGCUGUUGGUAUGUGUGAUAAUCUCGUUACAUGUGUUAUGCGAGCGUGGGAGGUACGCAAGAAACCUGUGGUGUUGUGUCCAGCUAUGAAUACCGCCAUGUGGACGCAUCCUGUCACCGCUCAACAGUUGCGUACGUUAUGUGAUUGGUACGGUGGUGAUCCCUCUCAGUUACAUAUUGACGUCGAAGAAGCUAAUGAGGAGGGGUUUAAAGCAGUGCUACCCAACACCUUAGAAACCUCUCUGUUCCAAAUCGUUGGCCCGGUGAAGAAGCGACUGGCGUGUGGUGACGUUGGUAUUGGUGGAAUGGCUCCUGUGGAAGAAGUGGCACGGGCAAUAAAACACACAGCAAGCCUCAUUAGAGCUGCGCGCGCCACACCAGCAACCACUCUCGAAAAUGAAACGAAUAAGAACGGUAAGGGCGCGGAUGAACCGCAAUAA